AUGGCAGCGUCGGUAUGUUGUCGCGGACGACGGGACGUUAUAUGAGAGCUGGUCUCUCCUACCGAAAGACUGGCUGUCUUUUGCAGACUCGAUCUCGAAGCUUCCUAUCUCCGCCGUUUCUCCUCGACGACUACCUUCCUAGAUACCAACUCUUGACAGCCCAGCAAGAGGCGAAGAAGCGAAGUGCGGCAUACGCGCAUUUACGAGCGUGCAAUCUGUGCCCUCGUCUUUGCAAUGUCAAUCGGUUCGAGAAGCGCGGUACCUGUCUGAUAGGCAGCGAUGUCGUUGUCAACACGAUUGCGCCGCAUUUCGGCGAGGAGCCGUGUGUGCAAGGACACAACGGGAGUGGCUCUGUAUUCUUCUCGGGCUGCAAUCUGAGAUGCGUCUUCUGCCAGAACCAUGACAUCAGCCAUCAGAAGAACGGCUUCCAUCUGAGUCCUGAAGAGCUUGGAGAAUGGUUCAUAAAGCUACAAGAGGUAGGAAAUGUUCACAACAUCAAUCUUGUCACGCCAGAACAUGUUGUGCCGCAGGUCGCUCUAGCCAUUCUGCACGCUAGGCAGCUGGGCCUUCGAGUUCCAAUAAUCUAUAAUAGCAGCUCGUUCGAUUCUCUCGAAAGCAUCGCAUUGAUGGACGGCCUCGUGGACAUCUACCUGGCAGAUUUCAAAGUCUGGGAGCCAGAGACCUCCAAGCGACUUCUCAAGGCCGAUAACUACGCGAAUGUCGCCAUGGAGUCAAUCAAAGCUAUGCAUGACCAGGUCGGCGAUCUUUGCUUUACUGCGGACGGGAUUGCUAGGAAGGGGGUGCUGCUUCGCCAUCUAGUCAUGCCCGGCUACGAAGAGGAGGGAAAGCAAAUUUUGCGCUGGCUUGCGGAGAAUGUCAGUAAGGAUUUGUACGUCCAUAUCAUGGAGCAGUACCAUCCUCGCGCGCACGUGGGAAAGAAGCGAAGGACAAUGAGCGGACGCGCGCAAGACAUCGCGGCGCAGACCGUAGAGCCUGGAGAUCAGCCGGCAGGCGAAAAAGCCAAAGCAGAGGUCAGGUACGCGGAUAUCAAUCGCGCUGUCAGCUUGGAUGAAGUGGACAACGUGAAGAAAACUGCAAAAAUGUCUGGCCUAUGGCGCAUCCUGGACGCUGCAGACCAGGGCAGUUUCAACAUAUGA